UGCGAAACACUAAAGAUUCUCUCGUAACGGAAAUACCAGAAACACAAUUUCAGAAGCGCGCGGAGAGAGAUAGAGAGAGAGAGAGAAAUGGCGAGCAACAACAACGAUGCAGGAGCGAAGGAAGAAAGAAGAAGAAGAAUUACAGAGAGGGGUUCGGAUCGCAUGGCCCUAAUAACUGGUCGAAUCAACGCGCUUCCUCCGACGCCACCCUCUACGACGUCGUCCCCAACCCAUCGCAACCACAUUCCUCGCCACGCCCAAUCCUUGUCGGCGGCUCAUACUUUCGAUUCCCAGUCAGAUGAAAAUCAGCUCCCCCCUCGCCACCAGCGCCCUCAGUCUUUGACUGCAUUCGGUGUUGAUUAUCAAAACGAUCUCACUGGUGGUGCUGAAGAUAAACGUGGUGCCUCUCUUGCUUCAACAAGGCUAAAACAUCAGGGUGGAUUUAGGUAUUCACACUUGGACAAUUUCGACUUCGACAUUAUACAGGAAAAACUUCUUUCACAGGAUUCUAAUACUAUUACGGAAGCCAACAAUCCAGAGUCCAACAAUCAAGUGUCCACCAAUCAAGUGUCUAACAAUCAAGUCUCCAACAAUCAAGUGCCUGAGAGUGAUGAUGCCAAAACGAAACCACCUUCUGCCACGUCAAGCUCUAAAAAUUCAGCAAAUGACACAAAACAGCUAAAGCAACCUAGCAGGCAUAAGCCUACUUUUUUCUCUUCAAGAGAGCUGAAUUCCUGCAUUUUAGCUUCUGAGACCACACGUGCCCUCAGUUCUCUGAUAAUAGCUUUGGUGGUAGUUUUUUAUUACAUGAUUUCAAAGAGUGUUUUUGCCUCAAGGCCUCUUUACAUACUAUUGUUAACUGAUGUUACCAUUGUGCUUGCUCGCCUACACGGCGCAAAGGGAAGUGUCUUGGAAGAAACUACUGAGGAAGAAAAUGUAAAAGCUCCCGGAGAUGGGCACAAUUGGGGAGAUGCAGUAAAGCUUUUGGAGAGGGGUUUGGUCGCAUACCAGGCCAUUAGAGGUCUUUUCAUAGAUGGCAGUAUUUAUCUAGUGGUUGUUGUAUGUGGCACCUCCUUGAUGUAGUUCUAGCUGCUUGAGUUUGAGUACUUGCAAUAUCCCCACUUCGCCUUUUGGGCAAGUAUC